AAUUAACAGAGGGAGGGAGAGAGAGCAAGAUGGAGAGCCGCCACCUCUCACAAAUACUGCUUCGUCAUGAUGCUGGUUAAUUCUCCUCUUGUUCAGAAAUGGACUGAGCCAGCAGCAGAGGUGGGGAGCUGCACACACACACGCUCUGACUGGCUCUGUAAAUCCACAUUGCUAUCACCACUCGAUCCUUUGCAGGCACUGCCUCUGGGGCUGGGAGAUACACACACACAUACACACACACACAGGACUGUCAUGCUGUCAGAUACACGCCAACAGCACAGCAGCUGAACCCAGCAAGGGCAGCCGGCUGAGGACUCGCUGGGAUACUCCCAAGCAAGAGGCAGAAGGAGGGGAAGGAGAGGCGUUUUGCAGCAAGAGAGGGCAGGGGAGCAGUUCUCUGGGCUCCUGGGGCUUGUUGUUGUUAUCGUUCUCGGCUUGUUUUUCGGGCUGGGAAACCAUGCGAGAUUCCUGGAAGAGGCUUCCAUAGCCCCAGCUGGGUGAGUCAAGAGGGCUGCCGUGCAAUCUCAUUGAGCUCGUACUUGACCCCUGCCAUGGCUCGGCAGGCAUGAGGGGUGGGAGGGCACAUUCCAGGCAGAUGCUGUUCCACUCUGGUGCCUGUGCCCAGGACUAACCCAACCUGCAGCAAGCGAGUGUACAGAACCGGCGGGGACUAGAGUUCAGCUGAGGGAGCAUCUGACCCGCAGCCCAGCCUAGGAACCCAAAGGGAUGUGGAAACACAGAAUCACUGGACUCUGUGCAUGACCCGGCCCUUCCCGCAGGCGACGGAAUGGAAAGGUUACAGAAGCAAUCUUUGACGUCCCCUGGGAGUGUCUGUUCCUCCCGCGGGUCCAGCGUCCCAGGAUCACCCUCCAGUAUUGUGGCCAGAAUGGACAAUGAGGUUCUGGGCUACAAGGACCUGGCGGCCAUUCCCAAGGACAAGGCGAUCCUGGACAUCGAGCGCCCUGACUUAAUGAUCUAUGAGCCCCAUUUCACCUACUCCCUCAUGGAGCACGUGGAGCUGCCGAGGAGCCGAGAGCGGUCCCUGUCCCCCAAAUCCAUCUCUCCUCCUCCUUCUCCAGAAGUCAUCCGGGACUGGAUGGAAAACAAGUCCCUAGGAAGUGCCUCCCAGGCACCUAGUCGCCGGACCAGCAGCACAGCCCGGAGUGGAGUGCACCACUUCCACCGACCUGAGACCAACACCAUGGAGCUGAACAUAUACAAGAAGCCGCCGAUCUACAGACAGAGAGAGCCCUCGACGGGAGCCCCACAGAGCAAGCACAUGAUAGAAGACCAGAUAAUUGAGUGCUCCAAGUUCCCUGCAGCCCAGGCCCCGGAUCCCAACCAGCCAGCCAAGAUCGAGACGGAUUAUUGGCCCUGCCCUCCCUCCCUGGCCGUCGUAGAGAAGGAGUGGAGACAGCGGAAGGCCUCCAAGAAAGGCAUGGAAGAAGAGGAGGAUCUCACGGAGGAAAUGACUAACCUGCAUGAACUGCAGAAAGAGGAGCUGAGUAAGGUCACCUCAAACCUCGGGAAGCUGAUCCUGAAGGAGGAGAUGGAGAAAUCUCUCCCCAUCCGGAGGAAAACCCGCUCACUUCCAGACCGAACGCCCUUCCACACCUCUCUGCACCUGGGGAAUUCCAGAUCCUCCACCCUUCCGGCCUAUGGGAGAAGUACCCUCAGCAGGCUGCAGUCAGCGGAGUUCAGCCCAACCAGCAGUGAGAAGGGGAGCCCAGGUAAGAGAAGCAUACGGCACAAGGGACAGGUGCAGGGGAGAUGUGUGUCUGGUCUGGUCUGGUCUGGUCACUCAACCCAGAGAUGCCGUUCAGAGUCAUCAGCAUCAAACUCUUGCUCAUCUUAGCUGGGCCUGUCGGCCUGAUGGGGGCGCUGUGUCACACGCCCCAUGGGCCAGACCCCACAGCUGGUGUGAAUCAGUGCAGCACCCGAGCACUAACGGAGAUGCAUGGGUUUACACCAGCUAAAGGAUUCCAGCUCAUACCUGCCCCCAUCCCACUGCUGAUGAGCUCUGGGCCUGGUGCUCUCUCUUCACCUCUUGCCCAGCCGCACAGGAUGCUGGCAAUAGCUGCCCCCACUCAUUAUCCUUGGGAGGAAUGGAUGGAUUUGGUCUGGGUGGCCUCAAGGCAUCGGGGAGGGCUGGAGACCGAGUCCUGCCAUUCCAGGGCACCAGUUUAAAUUAGGCCUGGGAUGGUAGCGUGCAGGAGCCAGGAGCUGCCAGCUGUCGGGAGGCCCUUAGCUGCUGGGUCUCAGUCCCCUUCCCAGCUGCAGUGUCCACCUGGCAGCCCUAGCAGAGAGGCCAAGGGCUGGCUGGCCGGUGGGAACGCCUUCCCCCCUCACCCCUAGACAUCGGGGCACAAGGCAGUUGCUGGGCAGGGAGUGGGGGAAGCCUACCCAGCCGCUGCCACGCUGUGCCUGUUCGGGGGCCUUCGCUCCCCGGCCUGUCCCGCGCUGCUGGGAUGGGCCAUUACUCACGCCAGUGGGCGUCAAUGCUCAGCCCCAGCAGCACAGCCUUUGCAGCCAGGCCCCAACUGGCUGUUGUCUGUUAUCUUUGGAUGCUGGGAAUUCCAAAGCUUUGUGCAGCCCACAAAGGGUUAAAUUGAUAUCUCUCCGCUCCCUGUAGACAGAGAAACCAGGCAAAAUCCUCAGCUGGCGUAAGCUACAUUGUAUCUGUGGGCCAGAUCCCCAGCUGGUGUAAAACCCACAAUACUUCCAUUGACCUCCUGCCGAUUUCCACCAGAUGAGGAUCCGGCCCCUUGUUCUAAAUGAGCUGGGACAUACAGCCCCUGUGCCCACAGCUGUGGAGUUGGGGGGUGGGGAUUCUAGCAGGACGUCUGGAACUGGGGUUCUCUGAGCCCCUUUUCUUUGUGUUUUGCAGGCCUGCAGGUAAGCGGUCGCCCUGCCGCUGAAGGGGAGACACUGGGAGCGGUGAUGUAUCUUGGGGGAGGCGGGGGAAGUGCCCCUCCCUUCCAUUGCAUGCUCAGCCUCUCCCAGCCUGGCUUGGCUGGCACCAGCUGCCAGGCAGACGGAGCUCAGUGGUGCAGGGCUGGAGUUGAGACUCAGACAGGACUACUGGGAAGGACAGGGACUGGAGCAGGGCAGCAGGGAAGGGAGGGGAGUGGCAGCACCAGAGAAGGAGAGAAGGGCAAACUGAGGAGACAGAGAACCCCAAAGAGGCAGGAUGGGGAUGGGAGGUAGGGGGAGAGGGAGACAGCAGAGGCGCAGGGGUUUAGGAGCUCAGGUGGGGGCAAGGAGACAGCAGAGAUGUGGGGAUUCAGGAGCUCAGGGUGUGGGAAACAGAGACAGGGAUUUAGGAGCUUGGGUGGGGGCAGGGAGGCAGCAGAGUCACAGGGGUUUAGGAGCUCCGGGUGGGGAAGAGAGAAACAGCAGAGAUGCAGGGGGUUAGGAGCUUGAGUGGGGGCAGAGUGCCACCCUCUCCAGUGCCUAGGCUGAAGCCCAUCACCCUACUGUUUGUUAAGGUCCUUUCGGGGAGGUGGUGGGGACUCUGGCGUGGGAAGCCCUUUAUGCCAGCCCAAGACUGACUGGGGGUUUGAUGUCUGCAGAACGGCCAGCGGGGGAGGAUGGACAGAGGGAACUCCCUGCCCAGCAUGCUGGAACAGAAGAGGCACCUGUCCCCAGAGGAUUUCCUGCGUGUCUUCGAGAUGUCCCUGGAGGAGUUCAGCAAGCUGGCCCUGUGGAAGCGGAACGAGCUGAAGAAGAAAGCUUUCCUGUUCUGAGCCUAGUGCCCAGCCUGAGCCAACCCUAGCCGUGAUCUCAGUUAGUGUCAAACACAAUCUCGCAUCACAGCUGCUUUAGGGCUACUGAGCCAGUUUUAACACCUGCCUCCCCUCCCUGAAGCCCCUCAGGCACGUUGAUCCCUCAUUCCCAGUUUUGCCUCUCCCUGGGGGAUAUCAGAGAGCCCCUCCCUGCCCAAACCUUCCUCACAUGCCCAGGGGGGCUGCUGGCAACACUGGUGGGCUACUCAGUCUGGGUCUAACCUCUUUUAAUGGAGCCAGGGGAGGGAGAGUUGAACAAGUGGCGGGAGGAGCAAGCAAACCCUAGUCAGCCAAGGUCCCUGGGCUGGAUGGUGUGUAGGGGCUUCUCGGGGGCAGGGCAUCGGUGUCCCUCUUUGCCUGUUGGGGUCGCGGCUGGUUCAGGCAGGAUGGGAGCCAUAGCUACUGGAGGGGGCUCUGGCAGGGGCCCUGGCUUUGCUCCCUCUGCUCAGCUUGGGGAGUGGACAGGACAGGGACACACCAUAGUGCUCGGUUGCUGGACGCAUGUUGGUUUAGGUGUCAGGGAAGUCAGGGCUACUUCUACCUUGCUGCUGGGCCCUGACUGGCUCCCUUGCUUAAGGACCCUGCUCCCAGCCUUACUGCUCCUCUCGGGGCCAGCCUCCCUCCCUGUCCACACUGGGCAGGGCACAUGUAUACAUCUGCAUAGCUGUAACCCUGAUGGGGCUGCCGGGUGUCGCCAUGGCUGUGUUUCUGAGUGGCCGGUCAGCAAUGGGGUUGUCAUUUGCCUACAGUAGGCUCCAAAGAGCCACGAUUUUCAUUAGCAGCCACUCCCCAUGGACCCACCCACAGUUGGGGCCCCGUCCUUGUAAUCAAGCAACCCUUGGUGGAACUGGGAGGGGGCACAAGAAUUUCUCGCUGGAGAGAACUGGAGAAUCAGAACCAACCCUUCUGAGGUCACCUCUGUCUCGCUCUCGCUCGCUCCUGGCCGCCCCUUCCUCUCCCCACUCCCACCACCCCUCCCUCUAAAUUCAAUCCCUAGGUGGACAUGACCGAGCACCUCCCAAGUUCUCAACCCAAUGGCCCAGGCUUUCAAACUGCAGGGCUCCCCAUUAAGGCUACAGCCCCCACACCCCACCCCUUGCAGCUGCCUUUGGGGGAGGGUUGCUCUCAGCUCCAUCAUUUCAGACCUUAGUAGCUGAUGAUUUUGCUCCUGCCCCUUUGCAGAGCCUCAGUCAAAGCCCCGUGGCCGCCCUGCCAAGCCCAAGGCUCUUCCCCAGGUUUGGCAGAGGAGUUUGCCUGGGAAAUGAGAGACUCAGGGCUCGAGGCUGGAGCCUGGAGGCAGCUCAUCAUGUUCUCUCCAGCCUGGCAUGUAAUCUCUGGCAGCCAUCCCACGCUGUCCCCCUCAGGCUUCCCGGCUAGGAUUUCCCCCUCACCGUGUACCCCAUGGGGCAGCAAUAACACUCUGCUGUGGAAACCACACCGUUGGUAUACUGCCACAAUCUGCAGGCUGUCCCCUGGUGACACAGCAGGUGAUGUCCGACUCUGGCUUCCCCGCCGCAGUGCAUAACCAACCAGGGCUCAGACAAGCCAGCUCUCUCUAUGCCCAAGGAUGGAAUUUCCUCAGAUAGUGGCAAUAUUUUGGAGCUUGUGCGGGUGAGGGGAUGCCUGUGUCGAUGCUAGGUGAAGGAGCAGAGAGGAUGCCAAGGCAGGAGACUCUGGGCAGCUGCAUCAGUAGCUAGGAAGCCAGGCCCUGCGCAGUGACCAGCAGAGACUGAUGUGGUGCCGAUCGCCAGGCCCUGGAGUUUGGAAAUAAUCACCCAAGAUUGCUCUGCAGCCUGCACACAACACGCCCUCCCCCCCCCGGCCCCCAAACCCAUACCCCCCACGCUUCAGAGCUGCCUGCAAGGAGCAGUGUGUCCUGGAAAGGGCAGAAAACUUACCAGUAUCCUGGGGGGUUGUUCCACGCUAUGCUUCUUGUUUGCCAGAGGGCGAGCACAGCUUCCAGCCCAGCUGCACUCCCCACCUCAGAGCCACCUCUGAGAUCUCUCAACCAAGCAAAGAGUAAAAAGCUGAGAGACUCCCCCUUCCAGACAGUGCAUUGAUCAAAGGGGAUCCAAUAAGCCUAUGUUUGGGUCAACUGGCCUGUCUCAGGCAGAGCCAUACCCAGCGGGCCAGGAGCAUUACAGAGGGGUGAGCCACGCUUUUCUCUGAAAGGUCGGGUGUUGGCAGGAUAUUGGCCUGGCAGUCCGCUCCUGCACAUUGAAGUCUGUGGGAGCUCCCUAUGUAGGGCACAUGCAGGACAGUCCAGUGGUCUGAUCACCCAUCCCAUCUGGGCUACAGCACCUUACAUGCCUCCAGGAACAAACCCAAGGAGCUAACAAUUUCCUUUGCUUUGGGGUCUUUUUAAAAGUCAAAAUAACCAGCGGUCAAAUAGGGGAACUGGCCCCUCAGAGCCAAACGAUUUCCUGGGCUGCUGCUCCUUUCAGUCCCCCUGCUGGGUUCUUUUUCUACUGUGCACCACAUCUGCUCCCCAGCGCUGGCCUGAGACCCACUCCCUCACGCUUUCCCUUUCCGUUUCCAACCACUGCCCCACCACUACACUCUAUCAGGAUGUAAAGAAUGUAAUUUAUUGGGAAACCCCUGGCCCAUACUUGCCUUUCACUGCUACUUAUACAACAUAUCUAUAAAUAUAUAUAUAUAAAUAUGAAUUUUUUUUCUGAUUUGAAUACAGUGAUUCCCCUUUCUCUGUUUAUUUUUGCUGGUGUCAGAGAUUCCAUGUGAGAGUGAUUUUUUGCUUAUAAUUAAAGGUGAAAUGGCUUUAUUCAA